AUGACGCAUCCUACUUUCAGUUUUUCUAGAAUACCCGAGGAGCUCCUCGUAAAUAUAUUCGAGAAUUUAGCACCUCCAAGCCCAACCGAUAGCGCACUAAGUCUUCGGACUCCGACCAAGUGCUCCCUGGAAAACACCAAUACUCUCUUCCGACUAUGUCAAACCUCAACACAGUUUGCUCGGAUUGCACAACCGUUACUGGUUUCUUGGGCAGCCGACAUCAUUACCAGAGAUGAAGUGCUCAGAGAUCAGAUUGGAGAACUAUCUCAGAAGAGAUCAGCUCCGUCCAAGAUAAUACUGUUGCUGCGCACACUUAUGACGCGCGUGGAUCUGAGCGUCAACAUCCGCGGCUUCACCCUUGAUCUUUCGGGUCUACCAGACGAACAUGUUGAGCAAAAAGCCAUCACAGUCGGCUACUUGAAGCGUAUCUUUGGCAAGGAAGAAGUCAAGAGGUGCUUCAGAGCUUGGGUCGUAGACAAUUCUGCGAGCCGAAAAGAGUAUUAUUCAUUCCAGAUUCAACGCUUCCCCGAAAGGCUGCUGCAGGAUAUCGUGCAAGCAGCCAAACAAUGGCCAAUGUCCGACACUUUUUCCAAAGCCGAGCUGCAGCUUCUGAUCCGACAAGCGUAUUCGAUUGUCUCGGAUUCGGAGCUUAACACUUCCAUCUCCUCCCGCCUCUUGCGAGCCGCCUUCGAAGACGACAAGACUGGUGUCAAUCUUCUCAUAAACAGCCUAGCUCCACGGGCACAGAACCUGGCUAUUCUUGCUGGCGACUACGGUACUCGCCUCGCAGGAUCCACAUGGGGUCGUAAUCUCGAAACCUGGAAUCUAAGUCACCAACCGCUCGAUCUAUUUUCCUCUCUGAGACACGUAAAAGUGACACAUACGUCGCUUCGAUCGUACGGUGCCUGCCUUGAAUCGUACUUGCUCCGCGUUCCAAACCUCGAGUCCAUCGAGAUCGUACCACUCUUUUGCAUGACCCAAGAGGAUCUGGACGAACUGGAAGCACUCGAGAAAACGUCGCUCGUCAAGCAUGUCACCAUCCGCGGACCUCCACACAAUUACUACCUGGGCAUUCUUCUGGAUACCUUCGUACGGCUCGAGAGCCUCGCAGUCGAGAUUGAUUCGCCGUCCAAGUAUACAGAGGACAGAGAGGACUCCCAGGAGGACGUCGACACCGUACUGGCCGCGCUUGAACAGCAGAAGAAGACGCUGCAAAGCCUGAAGAUCCGCUGCGUGGACUGGUGCUCCCAGGACAACAUGGUGGCAGACUUUUCGCAAAUGUCUACCCUCACGCAUAUCGAAAUCGAUGCGUCCAUCCUGCAUCUACCAAAGGACGGACAUUCUGCAUCACUGAACAUCCCGGCCCUCGCAGACCGAUUGCCGCCCGGCUUAGAGUCUCUGAAGAUCAGUUACGAACCGGACGUAGAGUUUGCGUUCGUCAAGUGCAUGGUCAGAUUUCUGAAGCGCCUGACGGCGUCUCGAGGCGAAGUCACGAAUCGGAACAUGUCGUGGCCUGUACUCGAUGUCACAGACGCCGAAAACGAACACUGCGAAAAUGAAUAUCUGGUCAACGACAACACCUGCUGUUGGACAGACCCGUCUGUCGAGCAAGCCUUCCUCUCACUCCCAGGCUCGCGAGACUCCUUCUGGACCCACGCAACAACACCCGCAUUCGACAUGCAUGGCAACUCACCACCAGUCCUGCCCAACCUCCGAUGUAUCACCCUCGAGAGAAUCGACGAAAGUCGCAAGACUCCGUCCUUGCCACUACAAUGGACGAACACGGAGCGACAAAAGUGGUGGCUCCAGAAAUUUGUGCAGAAUCUCAAGGACUUGCACACGCUGUGCGUCAAGACGGAUAUCACGCUUCAGAUCGAGGGUUGGUGCUCAGGGGCCAAAUCAUAG